GCACAAAAGUCGAUAAGUCAUCAAGUUCAAAGAAAAAAUGAAUUAUAUUGGUGUUGAUGUUGGCACCAGCAGUGCAAGAGCCUGUGUGGUCAGUGACACUGGGUCCAUACUAGCCACCUGUGUUGAAGAAAUCACUAUAUGGAACCCUAAAUCAGACUUCUAUCAACAAUCUUCAACUAAUAUUUGGAAUGCUGUGGUCAGAAGUAUUCAGAGGUCGCUAGCAGAAUCUUCUGUUGAUCCCAAAAGUAUUAAAGGAAUUGGCUUUGAUGCCACCUGCUCUUUGGUAGUGCUUGAUGAAAACUUUCUACCACUGACAGUCUCUAUUGAUGGAGACAAAGAUCAGAACAUUAUAAUGUGGAUGGACCACAGAGCAGAGAGACAGGUCGGUGUCAUCAAUGCUACUGCCCACCCAGUACUAGACACAGUAGGUGGGACAAUGUCUCUAGAGAUGCAGAUGCCAAAACUAAUGUGGCUCAAAGAGAACCUUCCUGACACUUGGGCAAAGAUUGGUCACCUUAUGGACUUGCCAGAUUUUCUAACAUGGAAAUCAACAGGGAGUUUAAGCAGAUCUUUAUGUUCUACCAUAUGUAAGUGGGGAUAUGAUGGAGGAAAAGGCUGGAGUGAUGAUUUUCUCAGUUUGAUAAAUUUAAGUGAUUUAGUCAUUGAUGACCACUUAAAGAUUGGAAAUCAAGUUCAAAGACCUGGGACAGCUUGUGGAAGUGGAUUAUUGCAGGAGGUAGCUGCUAGUCUUGGACUUCCAGCCAACACACCUGUGGGAACUUCACUCAUUGAUGCUCAUGCUGGUGCCUUGGCUUGUCUAGGUUGUUGCCCAAGUGGUAAGACCUGGACAUCAGAAAUAGAAAAUAGUCUAGUCAUUAUUGCAGGGACUUCAACCUGCCAUAUCAUAUGCAGCAAGAAAGGAACGUUUGUACCUGGAGUUUGGGGCCCUUAUCAUUCUGCUAUACUUCCUGAAAUGUGGGUCAAUGAAGGAGGACAGAGUGCUACUGGCAAACUGAUGGACUUUAUUACAUUUACCCAUCCAUCAUUUUCUACAAUUCAAGAGUUAGCCAAAGAAAAGUGCGUUCACCCCUACGAUUUCUUAAAUCAACAUAUCCAGGACAUGGCAAACCAAACCAAUCUGCCAUCAGCUGCUCACUUAACUCAAAAUGUUCACAUUUGGCCAGAUUUCCAUGGGAAUCGAUCACCUCUAGCUGACCCAAGUCUUAAGGGGAUGGUCUGUGGCCUUACUCUGUCAAGUUCUUUAGAUGACUUGGCUAUACUUUACCUGGCAAUGGUGCAAGCAUUGGCUUAUGGCACAAAACACAUUGUGUCCGAGAUGGAGAGAUGUGGUCAUGUGAUAUCAUCCAUUUAUUUCUGUGGUGGAUUACGCAGCAACUCUCUUUACAUGAAAACACAUUCUGAUGUUUUAGGUUUACCAUUGAUACUUCCUGAUACGGAACAGUCUGUCCUACUGGGUGCUGCAAUAUUAGGUGCAGCCGCCUCUGGACAGUUUGAAAGUUUAGAGGAAGCCAUGUUUUCAAUGGGUGGUCAAGGACAAAUUAUUUUUCCAGACAACAGUGAUAAAAGGUUUCACGAGAAAAAGUACCAUGUGUUCCUUGAGAUGUUAAAAGACCAGAGAAAAUACCAAAGCUUGAUGAAAGAAUAACAAAGAAGAUGAGCCAUUAAUUUUUAUUACACCAUCCUUGACUGAUGAAAAUUCCAUGAGAGGUAUAAUAUCGUCUACCCGGUACAAUAAAAUAGGAAGGGUUACAGUAUCAAACUGGGUCUCACAUAUUUACAUUCUUCAAAACAAGAAAUGUGUGGUCCUGUUUCAAAUUGGGACUGAGUCAAUGCAUACUUAAGGUCAGAUUUCAUCUGACUCUGACUUGAUUGUUAAAGACGAAGAGUGGCUUUCGCAAGAAGCUGUGGAAAAACAGAAUCAUUUAUCAAUGGAGUUUGUCAUUUAUUCUAUAAUUAUUGUGUCUU